GCUUUAACUCUUCGGAAAGACUUCGUUACAAUGCAUAGCGUAGCCUAACGAGCAAAUGAAGAGAGAGGACUCAGAGCGAAAAGUUUCAGGUGCAAGCGCCGUCGUGCAUAUACACAGGCGCUUGAAGAAUCAUGGAGAAGGAAAACAAGAGUAAAGAAGUGGGAGACAGCGAGCUCGCACGGCGAUUGAAACCGCAGCAGCAGCAGGUCACAAUCUCGAGCUUAUGAUUCAGUUUGGUCUUGGCGUCGUCGGCGCUCGGAUAUAUUACCGGUUUCCUUAAUCGAGCGUCAGCAGCAUCUCUCGCACACCUACUAACAUUCAAACAUUUUUCUUCGAAGAGCUAUCGGUCUGCAACAGCUAGUGACGAUAUAAUGCUUGCUUGCCGGAAGACUGCGGAAAUUGGAAUUCAGUUUACUUCGAAAAAGUGUCAAUAUUAAAAUUAGAAAUGGAAGUGUCACCGAAAUUUGUGGAAGCGAAAACAGACCAGUUUCUGCCGUCAGAAAGAUGGAGGAUCAUAAAAAAUAUCCUAAUGAUCGGGGUCGCAUUCAUGAUCCACUUUACGGCUUUCAUGGGUGCGAGCAAUCUUCAGAGUUCUGUCAAUGCCGAUCAGUCUUUGGGGACAUUCACACUUGCUGCUAUUUACGGAAGCUUGAUCUUCAGUAACAUAUUCCUACCUGUGUUAGUUAUAAGCUGGCUGGGCUGUAAGUGGACCAUAACGCUGACGUUCGUGGCGUACAUGCCCUUCAUCGCCGCCCAGUUCUAUCCACGUUUCUUCACAAUGAUACCCGCGGGUCUGGCGGUGGGCCUUGGAGGUGGGCCUUUGUGGUGCGCCAAGUGCACCUACUUGACGGUCGUCGCCGAGGCUUACGCCACGGUCUCCGAUAUCAGCGCGGACGUCCUCGUAACGAGGUUUUUCGGCCUCUUUUUCAUGUUCUACCAGAUGGCGCAGGUUUGGGGCAAUCUCAUCUCUUCUGCAGUGCUGUCGUACGACAUGGAUCAGGAAGCAGCGGUGUCGAACGUGACGUUGAACGCGACUCUGGUAGGCGAGCUGUGCGGGGCGAAUUUCUGCGGCGUCUCUUCGGCGACGGAGAAUCCAAACUUGGAGCCACCGCCGCCGAAAAGAAUCCAACUGAUUUCCGGCAUUUAUCUGGGCUGCAUGGUAGUCGCAUGUCUGAUCGUUGCCUUCGGCGUCGACUCCAUCUCGAGAUACGACAGAGGAAGAACAGGAUCCGCCACAGGACAGUCUGGCUUUAAGCUUCUGUCGGUUACUCUGAAAUUGCUGGGAGAAAAAAGCCAACUGCUCAUUCUGCCAAUAACCAUAUUCAUUGGCGCGGAACAGGCAUUUCUAUUCGCCGAUUUCAACGCUGCAUUCGUUUCUUGCGCCUGGGGCAUCAGCAACAUAGGCUACGUUAUGAUCUGUUUUGGCGUAGUCAACGCUAUAGCUGCACCGGCAACUGGCUCGGUGGUCAAACUAACCGGAAGGAUGCCAGUUAUGAUAUUCGCCUUUUUCCUCCACAUGACGAUUCUAAUUGCUAUGCUGGUAUGGAGACCGCAGCCUCAGCAGGGAUCCAUUUUUUUCCUUAUUUCCGGUCUGUGGGGCAUAUGCGAUGCAAUAUGGCUGGUCCAGGUUAAUGCAUUGUGUGGACUGCUGUUUCCAGGUAAAGAAGAAUCCGGCUAUUCAAACUUUAAACUUUGGGAGGCAACAGGAUCAGUGAUUACUUAUGCGUACAGUCCUUAUCUUUGCACAAGUGUUAAACUAUACAUUCUUAUGGGCAUUCUGUGUGUAGGAGUUAUAUGCUACUUAGUGAUUGAGUUUACGGGACGUGUGUCAAAAAGUGUGAAUCGAGUGAAACCAGACUUUGAGUUAGUAGCGUCCAUCGAGAAAUUUUGAUUUUGUUCGAUUACCUUAUUAGGAAAUCGAUUGAAAACUUGACAUUACUUCUUUUAUAAUGCGUAGAAAUAAAAGUGAUAUUAAUACUUAUUAUAAAUUAAGAUGAUUAAAAAACCUAGUGAACGAAAUACUGUAAUUUUUAUAUACGUCAAUGCUAAUAUGUUUAUGGAAAUUAACUAUAUACUAUUUUCAUACGCAAUAUAGUACUAUUUUGUACUUCAAGUGUUCAUAUUUUUACACGGAACAUAAAAAUAUCAAUAAAAAACGUUUGAAUAAUAGUGGCCAAACAAUUAAUGACAUCAAAUAAAUACGCCUAUCUCUGAUUUGUACCACAA